CUGUCGGUUUCUUCUUCUUUGACCCCUCCGUAAUUACCUCGUCUUCAAACAAAUUUUAAUUUUGACCUUUUUUUACCAUCCAAAAUAUCUGAAACCCCCAAAAAACCUAAACAAACAAAAAAAAAAGUUGAUGUUCGAUUCCCUCAUUCAUUCUCUGCUUGUUCCUCAAAAUCCUUCAAUUUCAACCAAAUCCAGAUUUGCGAAUUUGUGUUUUCUUGAAUCUAUUGUUCUCGAUGAUUUCGAAAGAUCACAAUCAUCAUCAGGAUCCUCUGGGUACAACGAAAUCGUACAACAUGAAAACCUCCGCCGUAUCGCCGCCGCCGUCUUCGACAUCAUCAAUUGCGUUGUCUCAAUCGGCGUGGCUGGAGGUUCGUUUGUUCUACGUCCGUAUCGCUCCUUGCGUCGUUGAGAACGUCCCUGACUUUCUUACCCUCCGUCACCCUCGUCGCGAAACCGGUGCUUCUCUUGAGGUUAACGGCGUUCGCGUUCCUUCGUCUCAGACGGCGUCGCUUAAACUCCGCCGUGACAGAGUCGACCGGGAAUCGUCGGAGGUGACGUACGUUAGCACUGAGACCGUUCGCGUUACCGGAUGCGUUGAUUUCGAGGUUUAUGAUAACGACGAUAUGGUCUUGUGUGGGAACCUAGAUAGAAUCGAAGGUGCUUGGAACAAUGGAACUGUGAGUGAUCCCAAGACUGGAUGGGGCAUGGAUUGUUACAUUGCUAUGGGAAACGGACACGUGUCGGGUCCUUCUUCUUCUGCGUUUUUCCAGCCAAAGCUUGGAGUUUCGUCUCCAUCCGUCGAGGUUUAUAUAGCUGGUUGUUGUGGCGGUGUUCCGGUGAUAUUGACCAAGACGAUUCAGGCGAGUCCCAGGAGGAAGGUGGCUAGGCACGUGACACUCGACGCUAUCCCUGAGGAUGAGGAAGUUGGCAAAGAGCAAGACAUUGGUACCAUUGGUGAUGAAUUGGCCCGGCAAAGCAAAGUACAGAUGAUGGAAUCAGAAGUUGAUGACUACGAUGAGUCUGAGAUGAAAAUGGCACAGAGAUAUUACCCUGAAGGGAUGUACGUUGAUGAGGAUGGUCAGCUCUCAUGGUUCAAUGCAGGUGUCAGAGUCGGAGUUGGGAUAGGCCUUGGGAUGUGUCUUGGUGUAGGCAUUGGAGUUGGAUUACUCAUGCGUUCGUAUCAAGCAACAACUAGUAACCUUCGUAGGAGGUUUCUCUGAUCAUCACCUACCAUAAACUAAAAACCCACUGAUACAUGUCGAGAUCUAAGAAUGUUGGCGACAUAGUGGGUUAUAAAAGAAUAGAAUUUUGGUAGAUAGAUGUAUAGAGCUUUUGGUUUUCACCAGUUUGUGUCCCUCUUUUCCGUAUAUAUAAUCGGCUCUGUUCAUAUACUUUAGUAGCACAAGAGAGAGUUCAUAUACUCUAGUCAUGUUCUUUUGUUUUUUCGUUUCUUUAAUUUGUCUAUGUCGUUGCUCUUGUGUAGAAAGAGAUUUCGUGUUGUUGUUGUCAAACUCAAACUCUAGAGUUUGUCUUUCGGUUUCUUCAGGUCAGGAAAUAAUGUGGCAUAGGGACAGUACAUGUUUCACCUGUAUUACUUUGUUUGCAAUUAGUUAGUAAUUGAAUUAAGAUAUAUAUGUCCUUUUCUCCAA